AUGUUGUCCAGAGGGCAGGAGGGCACACGCAGUGAAAUUGUCGGAUGUUCGCGCGAGGUUUCUGCGGUCGGCGCUGGAGCCUUCCCUCGCCACAUCCCUGGCGGCGCAGCUGGCGCCGACGCCGGCACGGACGGCGCCAAGAGGCUCGGCGACGGCGUGCCCCAGGGCGAGUACUCGGAGCUCGGCGACGACCUGGCCGGCUCCUCGCUGCUGGGGGGCGCGCCGCGGGCGGGCGGCGGCGGGGGCUCCUGGCAAGGCGCCGCCGCGAGCUACCUCGGGGGCCUGCUGGGUGGCGGCGGUUCUGGGCCCCGGGAGGCCGAUGCGCCGCUGAUCGACCGCGUCCGGGUGAACGAGGACUGGGAGCUGAUACGGCCGCCACAAGGGCGUCCGUACUGGCACAACCACGCCACGCAG